UUGAUGGACCAGAGAGGAAGAAAACUUUCCCGGAAGAUAGAAAAGAAGAGGAACGCUAGCCUGCCAGAUAGUGGAUAAGCUAAACUAUUAUACUCCUAAAUGUCUUUCUGGGUUUAAUAGAAACCAAACUAGUUAAUUAUUUAAGUUAUAUAAAUCACAACUCAAUUCUCCAUAAUGAUGGAAAUCUGUGUCACGACAAAACCAGUGGAGAAUGCAGAUAUCUUCCUCCCGUUAUCCUCUUUGCGCCUGUUGAUACCACCUCUGAGGCUGCUCUCUGCGGCCAUGUGGCAAGUAGCGCAACGAAGAGAUGUCAUGGAUUAUGAGAAACUAGAGGAGUUCGUCGGCCUUGUGACAGCGACAGUUCCAGACCUGUUGAAUGAGAAACAGAGGGCCAAGCUUCUUCUGCGGCUGCGAACAAGGGUGAUACUAGAGUUGUGUUCCGCUGAUCAUACAGCUGAUAUCCAGAUCAUCCAACCCCACCUGGACAGAAUUCGCCCCCCUGGACACACAGGGAGUGGAGAUGCUGAGGUGGAUGCAGAAGAGGCCAUCUUCCUGGAGCUCAUCCAGACUUUGCUGAAAGACCCAGCGGAGAGAGAACACUUCUUCCAGGAGGUGUUUCCGGCGGAGUACGGCGCCAGCUAUGACACAGAUAUGCAACUACUUGUGUGGGAAUUCCUUUCUAAACUGGAGAAGAUACUGCCAGUACCAGACCUUGGACAGACUGUGUCAUGGCUCAGUUCUGCUCCCUCUGUCCUGGAGGAGUGUUUGCAGGCCCUCUCUCAACCUGAGGACCUGAAAUCCCUGCUGCAACACCACACAUGUCUUGAGAACUUGGGCACUCAGAGUCACACCGUUGAGAUGUCUUCCCAAGUCUUUGCCUGUUCCCAGUGCCCAUUCUUUCACAUGCAGGAAUCCUACCUCCUCCAGCACAUUGAGCGAAAUCACCCAGAGGAGUACAGCAAGCUCCAGAAAACUGAAGAGAACCCAGCUCUUCCCAGGAAAAAGUUCCCCCGUCCUGAAUUCCCCAAGCCUUUCCCUAUCCACGCAAGCUCUGAACCCGGUGCUCACACGUGCCACGAGUGUGGAAAGACUUUCACUCGCUCGUCAGACGUGACCAGGCACCAGCGCAUUCACACAGGGGAGCGUCCGUACACCUGCAAGGAGUGCGACAAGGGUUUCAAAAACUCCUGGGAUCUGACGAGGCAUCAGCGGAUUCACACCGGGGAACGGCCAUAUAUCUGCCCUCAAUGUGGCAAGGGGUUCACCCAACUGGGCCUACUGUCCCUGCACUUCACCAGAACACCUUGCGGCCAGAGUGCUGAUCCCCCACUACAGUCCACAGAGCAGCAGGAGGAGCCGAACGACAAAGGGAGUGGUCAGUACAAGUGUCAGAAAUGUGGGGCUAGCUUUGACACCGUACUUGAGCGGCUGAAGCAUAGGCAAACCCACGUGGUGAAUCGCCAUUACAAGUGUUCCCAGUGCGAGAAGAUCUACGGCCGCCCGUCUGACCUGAGGAGACAUCAGAUGAAGCACACCGGAGAGAGACCCUUCCCCUGCGCAGAGUGCGGCAAGGGCUUCACUCACGUGUGGCUGCUGAACAAGCACCGGCAAAUCCACACCAAGGAGCGGCCGUACCCGUGCCCAGAGUGCGGCAAGAGUUUCACCCAGUUACAGAUACUGAACAGACACCAACUGAUUCACAACGGGCAGAGGCCUUUCCAGUGCUCCUUCUGCGAGAAAAGCUUUACUCAGCUCGCGGGCCUGACGAGACACGAGAGGAUUCAUACAGGGGAGAGGCCAUACCUCUGCACCGUCUGUCAGAAGACCUUCUUAACACAUGGGGAGCUGGUAAGACACCAACGCAGCCACAGCGACUUCAGACCGUUCUCUUGCUCUCAGUGUCCCAAGAGCUUCAAAACCAAGCGUGCACAGAGUGAACACAUGAAUACCCACACAGGGGAGCGACCGUUCUCUUGCGCACACUGUGGGAAGGAGUUUGCCAAGUCUACUUCCCUCAUAAGACACAACCUGAUGCACACAGGGGAGAGACCGCAUCAGUGUGCUCAGUGUGGCAAAACCUUCCUUACCUCUGGGGAGCUGCUCCUCCACAGGCGAAUACACACAGGGGAGCGGCCAUACCCGUGCUCGGUCUGUGAACGGAGGUUUAGGUGUUCGUCAGACCUGACCAUGCAUCUGCGGACACACACAGGAGAGCGCCCAUACUCCUGUAUGUUGUGUAAAAAGUGCUUCUCCACCUCAACGCGUCUCAAAAGGCACCUGCGCACUCACAUAGGGAAAGGUGUGUAAUCAUGGCGAGAACCUUCAAAAAUAUUGUCAUGUAUAUUAAUUUAUUUUCCAAAUCAUGUUUAUGGACUGGAUUACUGAAUUGUAUGAGGACACAAAAUAUAUGCAUUUUACUAAAACUCAGCCUUACAACAUGCCUCUAUUAAAAAUACAAUUAUGCCUUUAAUUCACAUUAAACAUUUUAUUUUAA